UGAAGCGUGUUGUCUGUGCAUCGUGACUAGUGAGACAGCUUUGGAACUCCACAGAGGCAGAACAUGGAAUCGAACGCUCACCUGCACGUUUCCCUUAUUUGUAAUUUACCUGCGAUGCUACUGUUAUAUCAGUUUACUCUUACAACAUUUAAAGCAACUGCAGUGGUUGAUAGCAACCCUGUUGUUGUUGACUGCCCAGUUGGACAUUUCCCAUGUGGAAACCUUACAGCGUGCUUACCCCAGGUUUUACACUGCAACGGCAUUGAGAACUGUGAAAAUGGGGCGGAUGAGGAAAACUGUGGAGAUAACAGUGGAUGGGCUGACUUUUUUGACAGGACGGUCGGGAAACCUGAUCUUCAGGACUUUCCAAAGGAUUGCUUUCUGCAACUGUAUCCUGAAAGUUGUGAAUGCAUUGAAACAGAACUGGAAUGUGUUGAAGUAAACUUAAAAUCUGUGCCACUGGUUUCAACAAAUGUAACUUUGCUAACUCUUAAGAAGAAUGAAAUCAGGAGACUGCCUGAAGAGGUCUUCAUCAGAUAUUCAGAGCUACAAAAACUAUUCCUUCAGGAUAACUGCAUUAGAACUGUGUCGAGCAGAGCAUUUGCUGGACUUUAUGAACUCCGAACACUGUAUCUUAGUCAAAACUGCAUCACUUCCCUGAGUCCAGGUGUUUUUAGUCAUCUUCAUAAAUUGCAGUGGCUAAUUCUUGAUGAAAACCAAAUAAAAAUGAUUUCUCAGCAGGUGUUUGCAGGUUUAAAGUCUCUGUUUUUCUUGUCCAUGGUAAACAAUUCCCUUGAGCAGCUUCCCCAAAUGAAAAUGUGCUCAGAGAUGCCCCGUCUUAACUGGGUGGACUUUGAAGGGAACCAUAUCAAGACUUUAGAUUACUCUGCGUUGCUUAUGUGUGAUGAACUUACAGUUCUGUCACUGCGUAAAAAUGAAAUCUCUGUAAUUACUGGAAAUGCAUUUCAACCAUUGAAAAAACUCGGAGAGUUAGACUUGUCAAGCAACAGGAUUUUAGAACUAAGUCACGAUAUUUUUAAAGAUUUAGAAGUCCUUCAGAUAUUGAAUAUGUCGGACAAUCCUCUCAGUCAUAUACACAUUGAUCAGUUUGAGAAUCUGAGCCAACUCCAGUCUUUAGUCCUAGAAGGAAUUGAAAUUCUAAAUAUCCAAACCAGAAUGUUUAAGCCCAUGAAGAACCUGUCUCACAUCUAUUUUAAGAAGUUUCAGUAUUGCUCCUACAGUCCUCAUGUUCGGAAAUGCAAGCCAAAUACAGAUGGGAUUUCUUCAUUUGAGGACCUCCUGGCUAAUACAAUUCUCAGAGUGUCAGUCUGGGUCAUAGCUUUCAUCACCUGCUUUGGCAAUGUAUUUGUAAUUUGCAUGAGGUCCUUUGUAAGAGCUGAGAACAAUCUUCAUGCAAUGUGCAUCAAAGUCUUAUGCUGUGCUGACUGUUUGAUGGGGGUGUACCUCUUCUUUGUUGGGGUGUUUGAUGUGAAGUUCCGUGGGGAGUACAAUAAACAUGCCCAUCUCUGGAUGGAGAGCCUGCAGUGUCACACCAUAGGAUUUUUAGCAAUGCUGUCCUCGGAGGUCUCUGUUAUGUUACUCACUUACCUGACUUUGGAAAAAUACUUGGUCAUAGUCUUCCCAUUCAACAACAUUCGACCAGGAAAGUGGCAGACGGUGGUCAUGCUGGCAGUGAUAUGGGUAUUUGGCUUUUUCAUUGCUGUAAUCCCACUGUUGAGAGAGGACCUCUUUGGCAAUUAUUACGGAAGAAAUGGAGUUUGUUUUCCGCUUCAUUCUGACCAGCUGGAAAAACCUGUUGCAAAAGGGUAUUCGACAGGAAUAUUUCUAGGUCUCAAUCUGAUUGCCUUCCUCAUCAUUGUAUUUUCGUAUACAAGCAUGUUCUACUCUAUCUACAAGACCGGGCUGCAGACUCCAGAGAUGCCCAGUCGUCUGCACACAGAUGUUGCUGUGGCCAACAGAUUUUUCUUUAUAGUGUUCUCUGACGCCCUCUGCUGGAUACCGAUUUUCCUAGUGAAAGUGCUAUCCCUGCUUGAUGUGGAGAUUCCAGGAACAAUAACUUCAUGGGUGGUGAUAUUCAUACUCCCAAUCAACAGUGCCCUCAACCCAAUCUUGUACACUCUGACCACGAGUUUCUUCAGAGAGAAAGUGGAACUACUGCUGUGCACAUGGCAGAGGAAUUCAGCGAACGCAAAAAGCAGAAAAAGUCUGUCUAGUUCAGGCAACUAUACAGACAGUGCAAGGUUUUCCUUAGGAUUUCUGCAACGGUUAUCUAUCGGAGAGGUGAAUUCAAGACAUGGAUGACAAAAGAUAUUGAAAGAAAAGGAAAACUUUGUUUUUUCCAUCCCCACUGCGGUGCACAUGAGCCAGGCACUGCUGGUGGUUGGUUUCAUCAGCACUGUGCCUUUACUUUCCAGGCUAGCUGUGUCAUGAUUGCUGGACCCUAGAAGCAGCCAAGGGGAUAAGGAUAUUUCUAGGAAACGACUCAAAAAAGCACAUCAGCUCUUAAAUAAUGUGAAUAUAGAAGCUAAUUCAUAGCAGCUAAAGACAAUACUGUUUACAAGUGGUGCAAUUUAUAGAUGCAUACGUUCCUUUAACUAACUUUUGUUAAAAUAAGCAUUUUGGUGGAGAAGUUUAAUAUAGCUGUGGGAUCCUUCAUUGAAAGAUGAAUAUAUUUUGUUAUGUGUGUAUGAAUGAUUCUUAACGAAGGUAAACCUUCAUAUUUUAUCACUGCAGGCAUAUUCACAUGUUUUAAAAUGACAAUAUAGUUUUAUUAAAAUAUUUAUUAUAGUAAAAAAUACAAUGUGUGCAUCCUGUGGAAAUUUUAAAUGUCAGAUUCUUGUCUGUUGCUUAGCUAAUUACCAUAGUAACUAUAAGAAACAGCAGGGAGGGUCCUAUGAAUCUUUUGUCAUUUAUUUCCCAAUUUGAAAUACCCAAAUCGAAUCAGCCAAACCUAAGCAGCAGAUUUUUCCAAGCUACUGAAUCCUGGAGGUGAGGCCCAGCCUGGGUCGUCUCCACCUGCCCUCAUCUGGUGCUGAUCCAGGAAGGGUACUGAAGGAUGAUGAGGUGAACUCAUACCUGUAUCUGAAGUUUUUUUUAUUAUUAGUUAUUUUAUGUCAUAAUAAAAGGUGUGUGUGUAUAUAUAU